GCUAUCGAAGAGAACGGCUCAACUAGAAUACAACUAUGGCGUUAUCUCAGACUACCCCAAGGAUGGUGCUGGAGUCCCCUGUACUUCAGCAGAGGAAUACAAUUCCUUUUGGAGCUGUUCGGCCAGCAUCAACCAGAACAUACCCACAUCAGGCAUUAUCAAGAUGAUCUUCUGAUAGGAGGCAGCAGCCAAGUUGCUGUCAACAAGUGCUUGGAUAUGCUGGCUCACUUCUUGAAGAGUCAUGGCUUCCAGGUCAACUUAAAAAAGUCAGUCAGAGCGAGUCGAACUAUUCGGUUCUGCGGCUAUGAGGUCACAUCCUCCACUUACAAGCCUGAAUCAUCGCGUGCCGAACUCACCGAGACUGUGGUUACUCAGGCUUGGAAGGACGUGACGGGUUUCAUUGAGCGUAACAGGCUCGCCCAGGUCCUCAAGUGGUUGAAGUCCUGGGCUGGUCGAUUCCAGUAUCUGAGAGGAUGGCUACCGCCUCUCUUGAUGCUAGACCUGAAGGUUAUGUAUAAAUAUGUUAAAGAGGUUCAAAAAGGGAGGAAUAUCAGUCAACCCAACGAGGAACUCAAACCAUCUUUCUUCCGCCUAGCGCAAUGUGUUCUCGGUGGUAAUCUCCCAGCACUCACUUUCGGUAUUAAAAGAACGACCUCUUUUGGUUCGGUAUUACUGGUCGACGCUAACGUUGACGGCUGGGGAGCUGUGGUAUUCAGAGUCGAGAUAUCUUCUACGCAGCCUGACGAUGGAGAACCACAUUCAGACGAUCUGAUGACCGGUAUACCUUCGACAUUCAGCGCGUCCGCAGCAGAAGCUAUACUUGCGUUACGUCAACUCCCGUACGAGCAGUAUGGAGAGAGGAACGCUCUCACUUUGGUACCGCUCUUUCUGUUUGGCAACGCGUGGGAUGUGCAAUGCUCGCGACACUCCAGCACAUGGAGAGAGCGAGCGGCACAACUACUCGCACUCGGAGAAGCUGAACCCCACCUACAAUACCCCACGAUUGUCAUCGGUGACAACCAAAAUGUCGGCAAGGAAUGGCACGAUAAUGAGGUACUCUUCAACGGCAGGUGGAUGCGCCUCCUGGAACUGAGGUCCCGGUUGGUUCAUCAUUAUAUCUGGGUGAAAAGAGAUGGCCUACCUGAGAUGGCGGACUCUAUCGCAAGGGCUAUGGCACAGGUGGCGACCAAUACUAAUGAGGGUAACUGUGCCCACCAGUAUCAAAUCGAAUGUUACGACGAGGAAGUUAGCCCAUCUCAUGCCCCCGAUAAUGAAGAAGACAGCGACGGCGGUGGUACGGAAGCGGUUGACGCCCAAACGGAACCUCGAAAUAAUGACGAGGAACUAGAGAAAUCUAUAGGAUCGGUCUUAUCAUAUCUGGACAAGUUCGGUGAUGCUCCAGGAGAGUUGGUGGCGGAUCUGAUCAAAUGCCAGAUGAGCGAUGAUAGGACCACUUAUCUUGGUUAUACAUUCAAGGAUAUUGCUGCCCAUCUUUCAGCAGCGAAGGGAGACGAUCAACCGCGAAAGAGAGAGAGGAGACCACUUUCGGCAGUGGCCACUCGUUUUGCUUUGGUACAUGGAAUCCUAUGCUAUGUGGUUAAUAACGAGGCCAAAAUAUGUGUACCAUGGGGCACUAGUUCGCUCCUCAAGAGUUUUCUAGGUACCACUGUGGCACCGUCGUGGCGUUCAUGGGUACUUAGCCGAUAUCAUGAUACUUUCUAUGGCUGUCAUCGAGGAUCAUACCGUCUAAUGAGUGCGGUUGGUCUCCGAUAUUGGUGGCCUAGUGUCAUAAAGGACUGUUACUCCUUCGCGAGGAGCUGUCUCAGAUGCCAAUGCUCGAAGGCCGUUAUCAAAAGGCAUAGAGGAGAACUGUCAUCAACAAUGAUGC